AUGGCGGAUGAGCCCACAACUACAGCGGUUAGUGCCGCCGCUGCCACCGGCAGUAAUCCUCCAGUUACACACCAUUACGGCGAACCACAAGCCGCGCUCGUAGCAGCGCCCGAUUCAGAGGGAGACGAGGAUGAAGAUGCAGAUGCCGAUUCAGCUUUAGGCUCAGAUGCCGCGAGCAGCACCAAUUCGAUCACGGCCAGCAUAUUAGAAUAUCGGACAAUACAGGGGCGAACGUUCCAUAGCGAGAAGCACAACUCCAAAUAUUUCACGCCCAAUGACGAGCAACAAUUGCAGUCAGUGGACAUCACUCACCACUACCUUACUAUGCUCAUAGGAGACAAACUCCAUCUUGCGCCAAUCUCAGACGACGUACAGAAAGUAUUAGAUAUUGGAACUGGAUCCGGAAUAUGGGCUAUCGACUUUGCGGACCAGUAUACAAACGCGGAGGUCGUCGGGACCGACCUGUCACCGACACAGCCGCUCUGGGUACCGCCAAACGUCAAAUUCGAGAUUGACGACUGCACACAACCGUGGACGUGGGCACCUAACACCUUUGAUUUCGUACACAUGCGAUACCUGUUCGGGGCCAUCGCAGAUUGGGACGAGCUCUUGCGGCAGGCAUUUCGAGUGACGACACCGGGGGGCUGGGUGCAGAGCUGCGAAGCUGAUGUGGACAUUCUGAGCGACGACGGAACCAUCCCCCCCGACAGCGCAUACGAGCGCUUCUGGAACCAUCUAUAUCGCAAUGCCAGCCGCAAGAUCGGCGCAUCCUUCCAGCCCAUAGAGCAGAACGUCCAGAUCAAAGCCUUCGAGAGAGCUGGGUUCGAGGAUAUCCACGAACAGAGCUACAAGUUUCCUGUUGGCGGUUGGCCCGCUGAUAAGAAGCUGGCGGAGGUUGGCCAGUACGUUCAGUUGACUAUGCUGAACGAUGUUGAGGGUUACACACUCUUCCUGUGGAACCAAAUCAUGGGCGAGAACGCACCCGGAUACCAGGAGUACCUAGCAGUCAUGCGGGCCGAGCUCAAGAAUAGGAGAAUGCACGGCUACAUGAGGUGUAGGUACGUGUGGGGGCGGAAGCCCGCAAGCGCGACCUCAGAGUAA